UAUGUUCACGACUCUCUGCAUAGCGCAUCGUUCUGCGGCCGCUGGAUCCCUGACUCGGACUUGUACAAUUUUGACGCCACAGGUCGUAUAGUCAGUAUGGACGGGAAUAUUCCAAAGCUUGGACUCUCAAAUAUUUUGCUGAUGUGCGUGAUUGGUGCUAUCACAAUUCGCGCGAUCUAUCAGCGAUGGAAGAAUCGGAAACUCUACGCAUUUAUGUCAUCAAUACCUGGACCUAUGUCUCUGCCAUUUAUUGGGGGGAUCUAUGUUUGUAUAGGAAUCUCAAGGAAUAAUUUAUUUAGAAAAUUGAAAACAUUCAAGAAGAAUUAUCCUGGUAUUAUUGCUGGGAUUUGGGAGCGAGGAAAACCCCACCUUAUUGUCAGCAGCCGAGAAGUGGUGAAUGCAGUCUUGGCCAGUUCUGAAAAUAUUGACAAAAUAUACCACUACCGUAACGUUAAAAUUGGCACAGCGACGAUGUUCUCUGCAUCAGGAACUGAGUGGCGUAUGAUACGUAAUAUCAUGAAUCCUAGCUUUCAAACUAAGCUCUUCCCGCUUUUCGACGAUCAUUUUUACAACCAUGUAAAAACCUUUGUGAGCAACCUAAAGGAACAUUUGAACGGUGACAAGUUCGAUAUAUUCACACCCAUUCAUUUGUGCACGAUAGACUUGAUUUGCGACAGCAUGGUGCGAAAUCGAAUAGGUGCUCAAGAAAACCGUUUAGUUCGUUUUUCUUACGUCAUGACACAAUUAUAUGAGAUGCUUUUCGAGAAAAUUUUUUCUCUUUUACUCUGGUCAGAUUGGAUCUACGCGCUUUCAGGAAAGAAAAAGUUAGUGAGGGCAUUACGGAAGGAACAAAACGACUAUCUCCAAAAGAUGAUGGAUCAGCGGAUUCGAGAAAGAGCAGAGCUGAAGGUAGCUGGGCAUUUAGAGACUUCGCAAAUCUACAUCGACAUUUUGUUGGAUAAAAUGGAUGCAGGGAUUCUAUCGAAACAACAUAUUAUCUCAGAGAUCAGCGAGAUUCUUGUCGCAGGUUCUUUCACCACGGCAAUAGUACUUUCCUGGGUUUUUAAGCUGCUAGCGGUAUAUCCUGACAUCCAGGAGAAAGCGUAUCAAGAAAUUAAGAAGAAUUGUUCGGGUGAAGAGGUGCGGCUGGACGAACUUCCCGAACUUGUUUACACGGAGAUGAUCAUCAAAGAGACGCUUCGGCAUUGCGGCGUUCCUCUGACAGGUCGUAAUCUCACGAAAGAUGUUCGAGUAAACGACAGUAUGACGAUUCCAGCAGGAAUUCAAUUGAUAAUGUCCGCUCAUGAUCUCCACCACGAUCCAGAAUAUUGGGAGAGACCUGGAGAGUUUUAUCCAGAGCAUUUUUCUCCGGCCAAUGAAAAAUCAAGACCAAAAGGCGCAUUCGUUCCGUUCAUGGGCGGAAAGCGAGUCUGCCCAGGGAGCAGAUAUGCAAUGAGGUCAAUGAGGUUCCUGGUAGCGAAUACUUUACUACGGUACAAAUUUUCAACUGAUGAGAACCCACCAAAAGAUAUCAGAGAUAUAGACUGUCGUUAUAUAUUCUUGCUCCUCCCUACAAACGGAUUUCUUGUCAAGAUGGAUAUCAGGUGAAAGGAGUUCAAUUAAAUCAACAAAGUGAAUUUUCAUUAAAAAAUAUUCGGUUUGAAUUAACCUGGAUCGGUACCAGAAUAAACCAGAAGAAUUAACUAUGAAACCCAUCUAUUUUUGAAUUGCGUUGCAAUAUGCGAGGUGUGCAGGUUUCAGCUUAAGAAGAGGAGUGGGUCCCCCUUCAAGAAAGAAAUGAAUUUCGAUAGUCAGUUUGUUUGAUAAUGUUUAAUUCCUGCAUUUUUGAAAACUAGAGGGUGCAAAAAGAUCACAGGAAUCCCCCCCCCCCCCCNGAUUUGUUAAAGAAUAUUAACACACAGUAAACGAGCUUAAAGUUCCGUAUUUUGGCUCCCAUUAAUUUAAACGCGCGUCGACGGAGAAGUUUAAAAAUUACUUGAUACAUUAUGUCAUUAGGUAUCAAAUGAAACAAUAAUGUAAAAUUUGUGAAUAAUAAAAGCAACUGUUUAUUUUCCUGUUUUGGCUAACAUUUA